AUGGCUACUAAGAAUAGCAAGAUCAUGAUUUUUGGUGCUACUGGUUAUCUUGGUGUAAAAAUGGUGAAAGCAAGCAUUUCCAUAGGCCAUCCAACUUACGCUUAUGUUCGUCCGAUUAAAUCGAACGGCGCCCAUCCUUCCAAAAUUGAGCUUCUCAAUAAUUUCAAGUCCUUGGGAGUAAUCGUUUUCCAAGGAGAACUCGACGAGCACGAGAAACUCGUUAAGGUGUUGAAACAGGUAGAUAUUGUGAUAUCUACUCUUGCAGUCCCUCAACAUCUUGAACAACUCAAGAUAAUAAGUGCCAUGAAAGAAGCAGGCAAUAUUAAGAGGUUUGUUCCUUCAGAAUUUGGCAAUGAAGUUGAUAAGGUAAGGGGAUUACCACCAUUCCAAAAGCUGCUGGACAAUAAGAAGAAGAUAAGAAGGGCAACUGAGGCAGCUGGAAUACCAUUUACCUAUGUGUCUGCAAAUUCAUUUGCUGCAUACUUCGUUGAUUACUUGCUCCAUCCGUGUCAAAAGUCCGACCGUGUUACUAUCUAUGGAAGUGGUGAAACCAAAGCGGUGUUGAACUACGAAGAAGACGUUGCAGCCUACACUGUGAAAGCAGCAACCGAUCCAAGGCUUGCCAAUCGAGUCAUUAUCUACAGACCCUCAAAAAAUAUUGUUUCUCAACUGGAUUUGGUUUCUUCAUGGGAGAAAAAGACUGGACGAACAAUGGAAAGGAUUCAUGUUUCAGAGGAAGAACUCAUUAAGCUCUCCGAAAGGGACCUUGAGGCCAGCAAUUCAUUGUUUAUGCGGAAAUAG